AUGGUACAUGGUUUCUUUCUUACUGCUCUUUUAGUACUGCUUUUUCUUCCUCAGUCUCUUUGUUUGUCUCCGGAUGAGAGCUCUAUCAAUCUUUACUAUCAUGGAGGGAAGAUCAUGACAAAACCAGUAACUGUUUAUCUUCUAUGGGUUGGGACAGGCUGGAAAGAAUCUGGUAGAGAAGCAAUAAGAAAUGCCUUGACUUCAUUAACUUCGUCGCGAUACCACAAUGUCAAGGAUUCUGGGGUACCUACAUUGGGAAACUGGUGGGAGAUCAUAAGACAGUAUAGGGAUGGUGAUAAUGUUCCUGUGACAGAUAGAGUGGAUUUAGGUGCUGAAUGCUUCUAUACUGGUACUGAACUCAACAUGACCCAAGAUCAAGUUUUUGAUAUUGCGAAGUCUGCCUUUAACUGGAAUUCUAGUGAAGGGUCUGGUGGGAAAUUCUUGAGUUGUACUCGUCCUUUUGAAAUGAAUAAAUAUGGUAUCUAUCAUGUUGUGUUUUCUUAUACUGCAAUGUUCUUUGAUAGCCCAGAGCAGUGGAAAUUUAUGGACUGUAGUGGAAAGUUUGCAAUAGAGGCUUCUGCAGGUAUGAUGGUGAAUGUGGUAUGGCAAAGAGAACCUCAAAAUGCAGCUGAUAUAUGCUCAAUGUUGUUUAAUGGAAAGUCUUACUUGGGCCCUCCAAAUGGCAAUGAGAAGAUCGAUAGCCUGGUGGGUUAUGUACUUGGAAAUACUGCUGUGGAAGUCACCAAUGGAGAUGGAAGAGGAUGGUCUAGAAAUGAUGGAACUGGUAUGACAGUGAGUAAUUCUUGUGCUUCCCUAAUGUGGAGAGAGAUGGAUGGUCCUCCCUUGUUUAAGGAUACAACGAGGAAUGUGAGUUUCAAUGUUGUUGGUUUGAAUGGUUAUAGGUACAUGGUUCCAUACGUUUGGGACCAAAAGAUCAGCAACUGUGCCUUGAAGUAUUCAGAAACCUGUGGAGCUAAGGCAGUUAUCUUGAAACAGCCUAAAGGGUACUUGAGUACAGGAAUUACAGUAAACCACACCAAUGGUUUGCAGCCAUAUGCCCCAAAUCAAAAAUGUGUAUGGAAAAUUGAAUGCCCAAAAGCCAAGUUCAUCAGUUUUUCCAUCAACUAUCUGUCAAUUGCAGCAGAUAGUAAUGAUCAAAUUCUAAUUUGCGAGUCAAAAUCAGAUCGUGCGAAAUGUUCAGUUAUCCCUUCAAAUGCUAGGAGAUUCAAGUUGUUCAGCUCAAAAUCUUAUAUAGAGUUUAGGACUGAUAAUCAAGUUUCUCUUGAGUCUAGAGGUUGGGAGAUCAGUUUCUCUGCUGGACUCUGCAAUGGAAGGAAAGAUCUUUAUGACCGUGAUGGAAGUAUCAGCUACACCACGUCUACUAGCAUUUCCUACGUAGAAGGACUCAGUUGCCAAUGGGUUCUCAAUGGAAAACCAGGAACUCCUGUAUCUGUAAGCUUCACAUAUAUCAACAUAUCCAAAAAUUUGGAUUUUGUUGCAAUCUAUGAUGGAAAAAUGCAGCUUAUAGCCAAUUUUACCGGCUUCUACUCAGUUUCUGAUCUUCCAAGAAUGAACUUAAGUGGUGUUGUUACAAUUGCAUUUUCCACUCAGACAGACAAAGGGGAAGGUUGGUCAGCUAACUUUAAUAUCUCUUCUCCUGUUAACCAUAACAAAAAACUGUGGCCUGUGAUCAUUGUUGCUGUUCUAGGAUUUGUUGCAGUGAUUGUUCCUCUAGCUUUUGUUAUUUUAGCUUUGAAUAAGAAAGGGAAGCUUAUAAGCAGGAGGGAUUCAGAUGAGGGCCUCAUGCUGAUAACCAUAGACACUAUAAGAGAAGAAAACAGAAUUGGCGAAGGGCCUUCUGCAACUGUCUAUAGAGCCGUUUCUAAUGAUGGCUAUAUUGCCAUCAAAUGUCUAAGAAACAGAGCUGCUCACACAGAACUAGAACAAGAGAUUUUGCUUAAAUGCUCCUCUCAUCCAAACAUUAUUUCCUUGGUGGGACAUGCUGAAGAUGGGCUCAGGAGACAUCUUUUGCUUUUCGAGUUCAUGGGAAGAGGAGAUUUGGCUUGGAACUUGAAGGAAAGAGGACAAAAUCUGAACUGGGAUCGGAGGUUAGCAAUAGCAUUACAAGUCUGCUCUGCUAUCCAAAUGUUGCACAUGUACGUAAAACCACCUGUAUAUCAUGGAAAUAUAAUCAGUGAGAAUGUUCUUCUUGACGAGUUUUGCAAUGCAAAACUAGGAGGUUUUGGGGUUGCAAAGUAUUGCAGCAGCAGGGAAAAUCCAGGGCAACCAUCGGAAAUGGCUGAAGAUAUAUGGUGCUUUGGAUUACUACUAGUUGAGCUUCUAACAGGUGAGCCUCAGGUAAAUAAACAGGCGUAUAAAGAUUCCAGGAGCUUUGAAGAGAUAAAUGAGCUUGUUGGAAAUGGGGUUAUCAUUGAUAGAAGAUUGGAGAUUCCCAAUGAAAGAUGCAAAACCAUGGCAUUGACCAAGUUGGGUGAGAUUGCAAACUGGUGCAUCGAUAGCAGCUUGAGAGUUGAAGGGGAUAAGAAUAAUCCCAAAAUAGGUGAUGUUUUAUCUGGUCUUACACAGGUGAAGCACUUGUUUUGCUCUAUUUCAGGAUAAGUUGCAGAAGCAAAAAGAUACAUGUAUCGUGUUAAUAAAGAAGUUCCAAUAGCAUGUCUAAUAUUCUUUUCGACCAUUAUUAUGUACCCAUUGUUCAUCCGUUUGUGUAUGUUUUGGGUUUAAUUAGCACAUUAGAUCCUGGUAGAUUUCAAUGACUAGAGCUUGUGCUCGUACAUUGUAUGCAUAUAUGAUCACGAUAAUAUUAUUCUC